GAGCCUUCAAAGUUGAACCAAAGUCAUUUCUCUUUCUUUCUAAGCAAACACCACCACCUCAAUAGUUUAACCCAUUUCUCAGUGAAAGAAGAAGCAUACCAACUCUCAACAACCACAACAACAAACAUGAAGAAGCUCUACAACAAGAAAGGCAAGGUCCACCCGUCGCCACCGCCUUCGACACCCGACCCGUUCGCCCUGCUUCCUGCCACCAUUUUGACUCUGACCACCGCCCUCUCUGUCCAGGACCGAGAGGUCCUCGCCUAUCUCAUCUCCUACACCAACACCAACAACAACAACAACAACAACAACAAUUCGACCAGCAUCAACACCAACAAGGCCAACGAUGCCCAUAAAGCUGGAAACGAUCACCCUGAUCCUCCGAUGUCCCAGUGUGACUGCUUUAGGUGCUACAAGAGCUUCUGGGCACGAUGGGAUGCUUCACCCAACCGGCAGCUCAUACAUGAAAUCAUCGAGGCGUACGAGGAAAAGUUGGCUGAGAAGAAAAGGAGAAAUCCCAAGGUGAAGAAAGUGAGGAAGAAGAAAAUUGAGGAGGAAACGAAGGGUAAUAUUGAUAAUCUACCGGUCAUGAAAGAGGAGCUGAGUAAUAAUCCAGAAGUGGAUGUGGAAAACUGUGAUGGUGAUGAAGAAGGCUGUGAGGUUGAGGUUGAGAAAGGAUCCUCCAUGAGGAGGUUGGCGAGCUUCAUUGGAGAUAGGAUUUGGGGUGUUUGGAAUUAGGGUUUAGGUUUAAUCGUCUUCAACACAGAUAAGUUUUCCAUCUUGCAAAAUUUUCCCUUGAUUUUUCUUUUACCUAUGUAUAAUAGAUGAUACCCAUUUUGUCAAAAAAGCAAAAUAAUGGGCAUUAGUGGUUUCAGUUUUGUUUUUAGUCCAAGAAGUACUUCUACUGGAUUGCAUAUGUAUAAUUUUCAAUCUAGUGCUCAGUUGUUGGAUUACCAAACGGUCGUUCCUCUUGUAAAUGCUCUGUGUUUUUGGCUUUUUGCUUAAUCAGCGAUACUGUUACUGUUGAA